AUGAAGUCGCUAGACUGCGAGGAAGAGGGAAAUCGUGUGGAUGGGCUAUUCCUCUCAAAUCUCCGCUUUGCGGACGACAUCGUUCUUCUUUCAAGCAGCAUCGUGGAAACUGAGACUAUGCUUGCUGAGCUCAAUAAAGAAGGAAAGAAGGUAGGGCUGCGGAUCAAUCAAACAAGGACGCAGUUCAUGAAGAAUCCUUGGGCUGACGGAGGGCAAAUUAAGAUAGAUGGUACACCUAUCAAGGAAACGUUGUCCUACGUGUAUCUCUGGCGUUCCAUGAAUAUGAACAACGACAUGAGGGAAAAACUGGUGAGACAGCAGAAAGUAGCGUGGGCAGCCUUCGGACUUCUGAAAGAGGUUACUAACCGUCUGGCCGGCACAGAUCCUAGACGAACGACCUGA